AUGAACUCCACAAAUCAGAUGAAGUUGACAUAUUUUAUCAUUAGAGGCAUCUCAGAUGAUCCAGUACUUCAGGUUCCGAUCUCCUUUCUGGUUUUACUCAUUUAUCUCACAACUCUUGGUGGUAACAUGACCAUUCUUCUACUAAUCUGCUUCGAACACCAUCUUCACAGUCCCAUGUACUUCUUUCUGGCCAACUUGUCCAUCCUGGAUAUAUCGUCAACCACAAUAACUCUACAUAAGGUCUUUGUUAAUCUAAUAUCACAGGAUAAAACAAUAUCACUCCAGGCUUGCAUGGCACAAAUGUACAUGUUUGCAGUCUUAACAGGAGAUGAGCUGUUACUUCUGACAGCCAUGAGUUACGAUCGAUAUGUGGCAAUCUGUAACCCCUUAUGUUAUCACUUGAUCAUGAACUUUAGGUUUUGUGCUCUAUUAGCUGUUACCUGUUGGAUUUUGGGUUUUUUGGAAGCUAUACCUCAUGUUGUUAUUUUAUCAGGAAUAUCUUGUUAUAGAUCUCGGGAAAUAAACCACUUUUUCUGUGAUCUUUUGCCUCUAAUCAAACUCUCCUGUUCUGACACAUCUAUUAUUUAUCUUAUAAUUUUUAUUAGUGGUCUUAUCCACUUUAUGUUGUCCUUCAUUUUUACCUUUAUCCCUUAUAUAUACAUUAUUUUUACUAUUCUAAAUAUGCAAUCCAGCAGUGGAAGACAUAAAGCUUUUUAUACAUGUUCUCAACACUUCACAGUAGUCAUCCUUCUCUACACAACGUUGAUUCUUCAAUACCUGAGACCAACUGCUUUGGAAAACUUAGAUUACAACAAACUAUUCUCAGCAGCUGUUCCUAUGCUCAAUCCACUGAUUUACAGCUUAAAGAAUAAAGAUGUGAAGACAGCUUUAAGGCAAAGAUUGAAAUUGUUUGGAUAUUUUAAAGGUUGA